AAACUCCCUAUUGUCAUGACGACGCCGGAAAAAUGGGACAGUAUGACAAGGAAAUGGAAAGAUAACAAAGCUCUGGUGCAAGCUGUACGAUUAUUUCUCGUUGACGAGGUGCAUUUACUGAACGACGAGUCACGUGGACCAACAAUGGAAGCAGUAAUAAGCAGAAUGAAAACGGUCAAGACUACAGAAAGUCGAAUCUGUCAUCGAAAAGGAACAAAUAUAAGAUUCCUGGCCGUAUCAGCCACCAUACCUAAUGCUAAUGACAUAGGAAAAUGGCUUGGAACAGACGAUGAUCCGGCAGCAACAUACAGUAAGGACGAGAGCUAUCGGCCAGUAAAACUACGCAAAGUUGUAAUAGGCUAUCCGUGGAACAACAACAUCACCAACUUUCGAUUUGAUCUUUCAUUAAAUUACAAACUGAACAACAUCAUACAGACAUACUCCAAAAACAAGCCAACAUUAGUGAAAAAGGAACACUUUACGGUGGUUUAA